CCAAGAUUAUGCCGGGGCAAGUGUUUGGUGUGUGCCGGAGCUUGGACUGGACAUCGGCUAGUAGCAUGCUGAUUGGUGUAGGGUCCCCAUGUUAAUUGUGAGUCUGCAAUGCUCACCCGGAAUGCAGCGCAAGUUGCCAGAGUUUGCGCAGUGGCUGAUCACCCUGACCCAAAAUAUGGUCCCACGGAAAUCUCGUCAACAUCAUUCAACACAUUGUCUGCAGCUAGCUGCAAUAACAUUGCAUCCAGAGCACUAAUGGCAUUGUCUCCUGCCCACCGCUCUUGCUGAUAGCUACACAUAACCUACACAUAUACAUUUCCCUGAGCCCUCUCUUCCUUCUACUAUAAAGCCAUGGCCUGCUCAACACAAUUUCUUCACAUCAUCUGCAAGCAACAUCAGAAUCUACACCACACCUUCAGACUUUCAGAACCAAAGUAAAAUUUUAGCUAGCCAAGAACACAUCAGACUCAACCAUGAUCCAUCCAAAGAAGCUUGCUCAGCUGGCCAAGAAGUGGCAGAGGAAGGUCGCAGCUGGAGCUGGUGGCCAGCAAGCUGACGAGUGCUGCAGCACAGUCGCUGACAAGGGCCAUUGUGUGGUGUACACUGCCGACGGGGCACGGUUCGAGGUCCCGCUGGCAUACCUUGGUACGACGGUCUUCGGCGAACUCCUGAGGAUGUCCGGGGAGGAGUUUGGCUUCACGAACAGCGAGGGAGGCAGGAUCACUCUGCCAUGCGAUACCGUGGUUAUGGAGUAUGUCUUGUGCUUGGUCAGGAGAGACGCCUCCGAGGAGGUCGAGAGGGCGUUCUUGAGCUCCAUUGCUGGGCACUGCCAUGGCCAAGAUGCACCGAUGGGACUCUCCCAUCAAUUGACUCUUUGUACUUAGCUUAGCUACUGAGAAUCUGUUUUUUUAGGUGAAAUUGCAAUGUACAGACUGAUAUAAGAUUGAAUUAUCACAGGAAAUGAUACAAAACAUAUCUUUGUUUCUGAGAGAAUUUUUAUUAUUUUCCACUCCAAGGUCAAAGUGCAAGCACAUUAUUUGUUGUAGUUUCUCCAAGUCCAAACACAUUAUUUCCUUAUGUUCUAUACCACCUGCGUUGAGUACAAUGUUCCCAGUUG